AUGGCGCAGGCCGUGAACCGCAUCCGCGGGGCCUUUGCGCCCCCGCGUAAGGGUGAGACUUUUGAGCUGCGGGCCGGCCUGGUGUCGCAGUAUGCCCAUGAGCGGAAGGAGGCGAUCCAGAAGACCAUCAUGGCCAUGACGCUGGGCAAGGACGUGUCGGCGUUGUUCCCGGAUGUGUUGAAAAACAUUGCGACGGGGGACUUGGACCAGAAGAAGUUGGUUUAUCUGUACCUCAUGAACUACGCAAAAUCACACCCGGACCUCUGCAUUCUCGCCGUCAACACUUUUGUCCAAGACUCAGAAGACCCGAAUCCCCUUAUCAGGGCGCUGGCAAUCCGAACAAUGGGCUGCGUCCGUGUGGAUAAGAUGGUGGAUUAUAUGGAAGAACCACUACGCAAGACGCUACGGGACGAAUCGCCCUACGUCCGGAAAACUGCUGCCAUUUGUGUGGCCAAGCUUUUCGACCUGAACCCGACGAUGUGCAUCGAGAAUGGCUUCCUCGAGACGCUGCAGGAGUUGAUUGGGGAUCCGAACCCCAUGGUGGUGGCUAAUUCGGUGCAAGCGUUGUCCGAGAUCACGGAGACGGCCCCCGAGACGAAGGCGUUGGUCAUCACACCCAACACGUUGAAGAAACUACUCAUGGCGUUGAACGAGUGCACGGAAUGGGGACGUGUGACGAUUCUGAGCACACUGGCAGACUACCCCCCCGCAGAGGCGAAAGAAUCGGAGCACAUUUGCGAGCGAUGCCUGCCACAGUUUCAACACGUCAAUCCCAGUGUCGUCCUGGCCGCUGUUAAGGCCGUGUUCAUCCACAUGAAGUUGGUCAGCCCUGAGCUUGUCAGGCAAUACCUAAAAAAGAUGGCACCUCCUUUAGUGACUCUUGUUUCUUCCGCCCCCGAGGUCCAAUACGUUGCUCUCCGAAACAUCGACCUUCUCCUCCAGGCAAAACCGGACAUUCUGAGCAAGGAGCUCCGAGUGUUCUUUUGCAAGUACAACGACCCGCCCUACGUCAAGCUCCAGAAACUCGAGAUCAUGGUUAGGAUAGCGAACGAAAAGAACUUUGACCAGCUGCUCUCCGAGCUAAAGGAAUAUGCGCUGGAAGUUGAUAUGGACUUCGUCAAGCGGGCUGUUAAGGCCAUUGGUCAGGUGGCCAUCAAAAUCGAGGCGGCCAGCGAGAAGUGCGUCAAUGCCUUGCUCGAUUUGAUCGCCACCAAGGUGAAUUACGUCGUUCAAGAGGUCAUUGUGGUGAUCAAGGACAUUCUUCGGAAAUAUCCCGGGUACGAGGGCGUUAUUCCCACGCUGUGCAAGUACAUCGAUGAGCUGGACGAGCCAAACGCGCGUGGUUCCCUCAUUUGGAUCGUGGGAGAGUAUGCGGAGAAGAUCAACAACGCCGACGACAUCUUGUCAGGCUUCGUUGACGUCUUCGCUGAGGAGUUCACUCAGACACAACUGCAAAUUCUCACCGCCGUAGUAAAGUUGUUCCUUAAAAAGCCAAGUAACAACCAAAGCUUGGUGCAAAAGGUUCUUCAGCUCGCGACGGCUGAUAGCGACAACCCGGACAUCCGCGACCGUGCCUAUAUCUACUGGCGUCUCCUUUCUGGCGACCUGGAUGUUGCCAAGAAUAUCGUCCUUGCGCAAAAGCCACCCAUCACCACCACAGUUUCCAGCCUCCCGCCCAUUCUCCUCGAAAACCUCCUUGCCGAGCUCUCUACCCUGGCUUCAGUUUACCACAAGCCACCGGAGUCGUUUGUCGGCAAAGGUCGCUUUGGCGCCGAGGCUAUCCAACGCGCUGCUAUCCAAGAGCAGCGUCAAAACGCGGCCGAGAACCCCAUCGCAGCCUCGGUUGCUGCGGCCACUGGGACCGCCGGUGCCGGCAGCGGAGCUCAACAGGGCGGCAACAUUGAGAACCUUCUCGAUAUCGAUUUCGACGGAGCGGCACCGGCCAGUGCCGAACAAGGCACGCCUGGUGCGGGCACGCCAGACCGGGUGGCGAGUCCCACGGGCGGAGCUCCCGCGCCGAGCGGUGGCAUGGCGGAUAUCAUGGGUCUCUUUGACGCACCUGCGCCUUCUUCAGCCGGUGCUAGUGCCCCCGCUCCGGCGUUUGCUGCCGCUGCUGCUGCAGGUGGCGGUGGUGGGUUUGGCGCACCUCCGAGCGGGAAUGGGUUGAAUGAUUUGAUGAGCGGGUUUGAGGGGAUGGAUCUGAGUGGGACCAGUGCGCCGCCUCCACCGGGACAACAGUUGGGGCAUGGGAACGGGAAGACGGCAGAGCAGGGGAAGGGGAGUGAUGAUUUGUUGGGGUUGUUUUAA